AUGUGCAGUCAAGAGUUUUAUAAUGAGCUGGUUUCUUGUGGAAAUGCUUGUAAUAUUCCUGUUGACGAGCCGGUAAAAUAUGAAUCCGAUUGUGAAAUAGGCAAUCAUCCAAUAAACCUCGGUGGAGGAGGAACAAUUGGAGGUAUCUCAUUAGGAUCACUGAUAACAUUGGUAUUACUUGCUUGA